CCUGUUAUUUCAUACCUCCAUGGAUAGCACAGAUUAAUGUGGUGAUAGGCUUUAAUCGUGAUUUCACUGCAUCGUGUAAACAGGCUCGAGUCACGCUAAGUGUGUACUAAAAUUAUAUAAUGUAGAAAUACAGAGUAUUUCUAACGUCAGCUAAGUCUUUUUUAUGCUUAACAAAUAAGUGAGAAAUUUAUUGCAUAUGUAUAUUCUUAUUUGAGUAUCAUGGAGUUUACUUAACCCAUGUUUAUAUCGUUCAACUUAACCUCACCUUAGCUUAUCCUCUCCUAGCUUUGAAACGAUUUUGACAAUAUUACUUGACUCAUUAUACUGUGUCUACAAAGAUCGAGAAGAAAAAAUGGAAUCUACAUCUAACAAAGAUGAACAGGAUAACCCAGAAGAUUCGGACUCGGAAAUGGAUGAAAUAGAACCUAGAUUAAAGUAUGUGAGGAUACGCAAUGAUCUGGAACAUAUUUUGCAAAACGAUGCAGCUAGCUGUAUUGCUGUACAUCCAAAGUUUCUUUGUCUGGGAUCACAUUGGGGAAUGAUACAUCUUCUAGACCACCAGGGGAACAACAUAAAAUCUAAAACGUUACAGGCACACACAGUGGCAGUCAAUCAGAUAUCUAUAGAUUACAAUGGAGAUUUUAUUGCCUCUUGUAGCGAUGAUGGAAAAGUUUUCAUUUAUGGACUGUAUAGUACAGAAAACAAUCACAAUAUGAGUAUGGGCAGGCUAGUCAAGAGUAUAGCGAUUGACCCGAAUUAUAAGAGUGGCAGUGGAAGAAGAUUCAUUACAGGUGAUGACAAGCUAGUACUUUAUGAAAAGACUUUUCUUGCCAGAAUGAAGCCAACAGUGCUCUGUGAAGCAGAAGGUGGAGUCAGAUCUGUUGCGUGGUCUGGUCGCUUUGUUGCGUGGGCAUCCGAUACUGGUGUGAGAGUCUAUGAUCUUGAUGCUAGAUGUUCAUUAGGGCUUAUUAAAUGGUCCAGUGCCACAGAAGCAUCACCAGAGCACUAUCGAUGCAAUUUGCAAUGGUCAGACGAUAAAACGCUAUUAAUUGGAUGGGUAGAUAUCGUGCGAAUUUGCCAUAUUAGAAAACGUACGAUGCAAGAAAUGGUCAAUCGAGAUUUACCCGAAUUUGUAGUAGAUCCAGUAUCAACAUUCCAAGUAGAUUUUUAUAUAUCUGGUGUAGCACCAUUGAGAAAUCAGUUAGUAUUGUUGGGAUGCCUAAAAGAACCAGAUGAAGAUGGAAAGAAUCAACGUCCAACUCUACAUGUGGUUGAACCAAAAUACCAGGAUUUCUCAGUAAUAUGUGCAAACUCACUUACCUUACGUGGUUAUAAGGAAUACAGCUGCAAUGAUUACCAUUUGGAUUGUUUAAAGGAGGAAAACAGAUUUUUUAUUGUAAGUCCAAAGGAUAUUGUAGUGGCCAGUUUGUAUGAUACGGAUGACAGAAUCGAAUGGUUAUUGAGCCACGGAAAAUUUGAGCAAGCCUUGGAAGCUGUCACAACAAACAAUGGCAAGAAUUGCAAGAGGCAUACCGUAUUAGAUGUGGGACGUAUUUAUUUAGAUCACUUGUUAGCAUGUGAAAAAUACAAUGAAGCUGGAAAACUUUGCCUUAAAGUUUUAGGACGGAAUAAAAAGUUAUGGGAGGAAGAGGUUUACAAAUUUGCUAGAGUGCAUCAGCUGCGUUCAAUCUCGUCUUACUUGCCUCGGGGUGACGUUAUCCUCGAUCCACUAAUCUAUGAAAUGGUGUUGUAUGAAUAUCUCAAAAUGGAUCCCGACGGUUUCCUGCAAUUAGUUAAGGAAUGGUCUCCGGAUUUGUACACAGUGGCUGCGGUAGUUAACGGUGUAUUGGAGCACUUACUGGUUCACAAUCAGCGACAGAAUGUAUUAUUAGAAGCGUUAGCCAUUUUAUACAUCCACGAUGGCAAAUACGAUAAAGCGCUUGCUAUGUACUUGAAGCUGCAGCAUAAGGAUGUCUUCCAAUUGAUCCAAAAGUACCAGUUAUAUAAUUCCGUAUAUGAUAUGAUCGAAGGCCUGAUGGAUCUGGACACAGAACGUGCCAUACAAUUUUUUCUGGAGAAGGACAGAGUGCCGUCUGACGUGGUUGUACAAAAGUUGCAACAUAAUCAUCGUUAUUUAUAUUUGUAUCUAGACGCAUUAGAUAAGAAAGACACAAAGGAUUCUAAAGGCAAGUACCAUGGCCUUUUGGUACGACUGUAUGCUGAUUAUUCGAGAGACAAAUUAUUACCACUGUUACGUCGCUCUGAUAAUUAUCCGAUACAACAGGCUCUGGAUAUUUGUAGCCAGCGUCGAUUUUAUCCAGAAAUGGUGUAUCUACUAGGCAGAAUUGGAAACACUUCGGAAGCCUUGGCACUUAUGACGAGAGAACUCAACGAUAUGGAAAGUGCAAUAGUAUUCUGCCAAGAACAUGACGACGAGGAGCUAUGGAAUGAUUUAGUUAAUUACUCACUUGACAAACCUGCGGCUAUUACAUUUCUUCUCCAAAAGAUCGGCACCUAUGUUGACCCCAGGCUUAUGGUACAAAGGAUAGAACCUACUUUGGAAAUUCCAGGCUUAAAGAAAGCAUUGGUUAAAAUGAUGUGUGACUACAAUCUACAAGUGUCUGUGCAGGAAGGUUGCAAGAAAAUACUGUCUAAUGAUUAUUUCAAUCUCCACGAGCGACUUGUUCGUUGUCAUCAAAAGGGCAUAUUUAUCGACGAUGAUCAAAUGUGUGGAGCUUGCCAUAGGAAGAUAAUUGUAAGAGAGCCACGGAAUAUGGUUGUAUUUUAUUGUAAGCACUGUUUUCACGAAGAUUGUCUACCCAAUUUUGAUUUGGUUGAAAAUUGUGUAAUAUGCAAUUCGCAGAAAGAGAUAACGUCUAGCAGAAAAUGAUAAAGAUAUGACAAAAACUACAGGGUCUGAUUAAUCUCUUGGUAGAUGCAGAUUUAUGUCAAUAUCAGAUUGCUUUGCCAAUAUGUUGAUGGUGUUCCACACCUUUGAUUCACGGGCAAAUGUUUUGAAGUGCUGUAUUGUAAAGUCUAUGACAUCGACAGGCUUUACUGUUGAAAAAAUAACAUUGGAAAAUAAAAUAUUUAACAAACAGA